GUUCCAUAACGGUGAGUUCCAUUCUAAGGUACGGGGACGCAGAACGGGAGGUGAGGGACGACUGCCGGGUGUACAGUUACGGUUGUUCAGCGGAGAAGAGAAGCCAAGAGUGGUGCUGCGAAAACACACAAAGUGCCAGGUAAGUAUGAACGGUGCCACGGAAAUCACCAGGAGGCGGGUCCAAAAUGGCAGCCACGGCCCAUCGGCGUCCGACAAGAUGGCAGAGCCUGCGCAGUGGGGGAGAGCCUGGGAGGUGGACUGGUUUUCUCUGCUGAGCGUGGUGGCCCUGCUGUGCUUCGCGCCGUUCAUCGUCUUUUUUUUCGUGAUGGCCUGCGACCAGUACCAGUGUUCGGUCACGCAGCCCCUCUUGGAGCUCUAUGGCGGCGAGACCACCCUCAUGUCCAUCUGGGCCCGCGUACCCUUCGUCACCUGGUCGGCCGCCAAGAUCUACGCCGUGUGGGUCAUUUUCCAGGUGGUGUUGUACACGUGCUUGCCCGACAUGGUGCACAAAGUGCUCCCCGGUUACGUCGGGGGGGUCCAGGACGGCGCCCGAACCCCCGCAGGCUUCGUCAACAAGUACGAGAUCAACGGUCUGCAGUGCUGGCUCAUCACGCACGCCCUGUGGCUGGCCAACGCCCGCUACUUGCGCUGGUUCUCGCCCACCAUCAUCUUUGACAACUGGAUCCCGCUCAUGUGGUGCGCCAACGUGCUGGGUUACGCCGUGGCCACCUUCGCAUUUGUCAAGGCCUACUUAUUCCCCACCAACCCGGAGGACUGUAAGUUCACGGGCAACAUUUUCUACAACUACAUGAUGGGCAUCGAGUUCAACCCGCGCGUGGGCGAGUGGUUCGACUUCAAGCUGUUCUUCAACGGGCGCCCGGGCAUUGUGGCCUGGACGCUCAUCAACCUCUCCUACAUGGCCAAGCAAGAGGAACUCUACGGCCAAGUGAGCAACUCCAUGCUGCUGGUGAACGCCCUGCAGGCCAUCUAUGUGUUGGAUUUCUUUUGGAACGAAGCGUGGUACCUCAAGACCAUCGAUAUCUGCCACGACCACUUUGGCUGGUACCUGGGCUGGGGCGACUGCGUGUGGCUGCCCUACCUCUACACGCUACAGGGUCUGUACCUGGUGUACCAUCCGGUGCACCUGUCCUGGGCUCACGCCACGGCCGUGCUGCUUCUGGGCCUGUCGGGCUACUACAUCUUCCGCGCCACCAACCACCAGAAGGACCUGUUCCGCCGCAGCGAGGGCGCCUGCGCCAUCUGGGGGCGGCCCGCCACCUUCAUCGAGUGCUCGUACCGCUCGGCCGACGGCGGCGCGCACCGCAGCAAGCUGCUGACGUCGGGCUUCUGGGGCGUGGCGCGCCACUUCAACUACACGGGCGACCUGAUGGGCUCGCUGGCGUACUGCGCCGCCUGCGGAUUCGGCCACCUGCUGCCGUACUUCUACAUCGUCUACAUGAGCAUCCUGCUGGUGCACCGAUGCGUGCGGGACGAGCACCGCUGCGGAAGCAAGUACGGCGCCGACUGGAAGCGCUACACGGACGCCGUGCCGCACCGACUCAUCCCGGGAAUCUUCUAGGUUCAAGUGGAGGUGCUCAAAACCAAAGCCACAAAAUAAAAGGGCGAUAAAUAAGUCGUUGAAUUUUCAAAAUGCAGACCGACGGUACUCGUAUGAGGGGUUGCCAAGGGAGAGAACGUUUUCGAUCGGUCAAUGUAUUGACGUGUUGUAUCAUUUGAAAACCUACUCGAGGGUUUCAAAAGGACGGGACAUUUCCAGCAACUUCCAUUUUUUUUUCCAGAUCGUUUUAAAAAGUGAAUACGGUGCCUACGAAAGGACAGUAGGAAGAAGUUUACAUGUCACACCAGACGUUGCCGCUCACAUCAUCAAAUUAUCUCACUGGGGGAAGCCGCAUUAGCAUUAGCAUUAGCAUUAGCACUCUUACUAGCAGUGUGGAAGGGCCUACUUAAUGUUCUCUGGACCAAAAAGUGAAUAUGUAUGUAGAUCCAGUUUGUUGGUUCACACUGCCACUUGGGACAUACCAUUUCCAAACCUGAUUUGGAUUUUUUUUCUUGCAAUUACCCAGUAGGAAAAAAUAUGCCAAUGCCCUGACCUGAUGACCAAUACUGUGGACCAAAUGUCUUGUCAUCUUACCGCAAGUGAUAAUUCAUGACGAUGAUACGCUACAACGUUCCAAGCUGCAGGAGACCCAAACCAGGGUUGCAGUGGGCGUGGUACGCGGGCCUACGCCGUCCGUCUACCCACUUCUCCCGACGCCACAUUCGAUUUCUAUUUCGGUUUUCGCCCUAAUGCGUGUUAUGCUUAAUAACGUUGGCCUGUGAUUAUUUUUGAAUAGUAAAACAUUAAAUUUAACGUUCGUUCAA